AGAACCGAUGAAGUCCGCGGAAGCUGCGGAGGAGUCGCGGCCUUGGGGGAUGGCAGAGUCUGGGAAGCGUGCAGACGCAGCAAAGCAGACGGACGUAGCACGCGGGAUGGAGAACUUUCCUGUGAGCGUGUGGCUCCGGGAGGCGGGGCCCGGGCCGGCGCCCUUCCAGUAUACUCCUGAACAUGUAGCUGGACCUGGAGCAGACAUUGACCCCAGUCAGAUAACUUUUCCUGGAUGCAUGUGUGUCAAAACUCCCUGUGUCUUGGGAACUUGCUCCUGCAUCCACCACGAGGAUAAUUAUGACAAGUUGUGUCUUAGAGACAUAGGGCUGGAAACCAAGUACACUAGGCCUGUUUUUGAAUGCAAUGUCCUGUGUCAGUGCGGGGAGCACUGCACAAACAGGGUGGUCCAGAGAGGUCUGCAGUUCCACCUACAGGUGUUCCAGACAGAUAAAAAAGGCUGGGGACUUCGGACUUUGCAACUUAUACCCAAAGGAAGAUUUGUCUGUGAAUAUGCUGGAGAGGUUUUAGGACUCUCUGAAGUACGGAGAAGAAUUCACUUACAAACAGCAUAUGACUCAAAUUACAUUAUAGCCAUCAGGGAGCAUGUUUACAAUGGGCAAGUCAUGGAAACAUUUGUUGACCCUACCUAUAUAGGAAAUAUUGGAAGAUUCCUCAAUCAUUCCUGUGAGCCAAAUCUGUUGAUGAUUCCUGUCCGCAUUGACUCAAUGGUACCCAAGUUGGCACUUUUUGCAGCCAAAGACAUUUUGCCAGGACAAGAGCUGUCUUAUGACUACUCGGGAAGAUUUCUCAAUCACGUGGACAGUAAAGACAAAGAGAGGGUAGACCAUAGGAAAUUCAGAAAACCUUGUUACUGUGGUGCUAAAUCAUGUAUGACUUUCCUGCCUUAUGACAGCUCUCUGUACUGCUCCUUAGAAAAGCCAGACAGCAGUUAGGAAGGAAAUUCCUACCCAUUGGCCUCUCUGUGGAACAGAAUCAGUGGGGUCCAAAUAUACACAGUUCAUCUGCUUCCAUGCUCCCCUCCUGAAAGCUGCUUUCCCUGGAGGUCAGUCUGCCUAGUUAUCAACAGCUCACCCUGCCCUGCACAGGAGGCUGGUGGUUGUUCAUCCUCUCCUCUGCCUAAAGUUGCCCAAAUUCAACUCAGGAAGGUGGCACACACCCUAAGUGUCCACCAAUAUUCUUUCCCUUUCUUGUAGAUAGAAUUCUUUGCCUGGCUAUCCGGAAUACUCACUUUGCUAGUUAGAGAGGGGUAUGUGACUAUUCAAACUCACAGAAUACAAGCAAAAAGGGUGUGCCCUCAUCUGUCAUGGUGGAAACCAACUGCCCUCCAAUUGGACUGGAGGCCCGCUCCAAGGGAGGGAAUACAUCCUUGAUACUGAAAACUUAAAACAGGGGUUGU